GAAUCGAAUUUGUCUUGUUAAUGUCACAUCCGAACGCUGACUAACUCGUGUUAUCAAACGCUGAUUUGUAUACUCGCAUUGAGUACGCAGUGCAGUACUGUCGUCGGCCAGUCACGGCAGGAUGUUAUCGUUGGAGCAAUUGGCGCAAACGGUAAAGGAACACCUCGGACUCUAUACGCUUAUUGAGGGUACACAAUAUACCAGUAAAUGGAUUAUUACCGAAUCACCAUUUGGCGGUAGGGGAUUAUUUGCAACCGAAGACAUAAUGCCAGGUGAUGUUCUUUUUGUAGAUCAUCCCCUCAUACGCGGCCCACGGUCUGGUUCCACAAUACAAAGAGGAUGCACUAUUUGUAACAAAUUGGAAAGCGACGAAUUUUUUAAAUGUUCCAAAUGCUGCUUAUUACUGUGCUCCGAACAAUGUCAGAACACUACCAGCCAUGAAGACGACUGUGAUAUAAUAUCAAGAUGGACCAAAAAACUACCUACCGAAGAAAUCGAUGAUAACGAUCGGAUGGCGGUUUGCUCUUGAUAAAAAUCAAGAGCACUAACCGCCAUCCGAUCGUUAUUGCUGAAUGAAGACCAAAAACAACUUAUGAUUUCACUAGAAGCACAUAUGUUACCGCCACAUGGAAAUGAAAUUACGCGUCUCAAAAAGUAUUUUGACUUUUCGGACGAAGAUGAAAAACUAAUGAUAAUCGCAUGUUGCGCUCUCGAUGCAAAUGCAUUUCAAAUAGCAUCAGCUUUCGGUGUUAAAGAAAUGAGCACACGAGGUUUAUAUCCAGUUGCAGCACUUAUGAAUCAUCGUUGUGUGUCUAACACGCGGUACACUUUCAAUAGCGAUUUACAAAUGACGGUCAAAGCAGUUAAACCAAUUAGAUCUGGAAGUGAAAUAUUUACAUGUUACUCUGGCACAUUAUGGGGAACUCCAGCUCGGCGAACUUACCUUUAUAAAACAAAACAUUUCCUAUGUAAUUGUGAACGUUGUGCCGAUGCUACCGAAUGUGGUACACUCCUGGCUGCUCUCAAGUGCUUCGUUACGGAGUGUCCUGGCUCUAUGCUUCCUGUGGAACCACUGAAACUAUCAACACGAUGGCGAUGUUUGGAAUGUGGUUUAUUUGUUCCAAGUAAAAAUAUUUGUGCAGUGCAAGGAGCUCUAGGAAGUCUAAUGGGUACCUUAGACUUUAAUAAUGUGAAUGAACUAGAAUACUUUCUUCUAAACCGUAUUAUAAAGUUCAUCCCGAAGACAAAUCAAAUUGUGGUCGAUCUGCAAUGCCGCCUUAUAUGGGAACUUGGGGAGUCUGAAGGACUACGUUGGCAUGAGCUGUCGGAGUCACGACUGUCGCUGAAAGAGAGCCUUUGCCGAGGCACGCUGCGCACGGUGGCGGCGCUGGGCGUGGGCGAUGCGCACCUCCGCGGCCUGCUCCUCUACCAUCUCCACGCCGUGCUGGCAGAACGCGCCAGGCGCACUCCAGACCUAUAUGAGGAGUUGAAAUUUGAAAUUGAGAGUACGAUAGAACAAGCCUACAACAUACUGCAAGGCGAUAUAUCUGCGCCACCAGAUCUUGAACUACGUCACCAGUACCUCGGCCCCGGCUGUGAUAAAUCUCAUGAAGAGAGAUUUUUUAUCCUUUCCACCUAAAUUAAAAUAUGUUAUACCGAAGCGUGGAUAUUUAAUAAAUCAAUGACAAGCAUUUAGUUGGUGCAUCGAAUUCUUUAAUUCUCGUAUUUUUUAAUUUAAUGUUUUUAGUUCAUAUUGUUUUAUAAUAAAAAAUGUAUUAUAUUUAUUGUUUUUGU